AUGGCUGUCGCAGAUCAGCCUUCGGGCUUGAUGGACAUCGCCAGCUCUCUCACCCAAGAUGAGAUUCCGUUCAAGCUGCGAUGCGCCAUCUGCAAUAAGCUUGCUGUCAAUGCCUUCCGUCUCCCUUGCUGCGACCAAGCGAUAUGCGAAAACUGCCAGGCUUCACUCCCCGAGACUUGCCCGGUUUGCGCGCACACCCCUAUCUCACCCGAUCUAUGCAAGCCGAACAAAGCUCUCCGUACGACUUUGAAGGCAUUUCUGCGUACCGAAGAGAAGAAGCGCGAGAAGGAACGGCUGUCCGCAACUCCCGCGACUCCCGCUACGACUAAUGGUGCAACAACCGCGGAUGGCACUCCUAUCCAACAAGAGACGCCUGCAGUGUCCAGUGUUCCCGAGGUCUCUGCCGCAGAGGGAGUUUCCGCACCUGACCAUCCUGUUGAUGCUCCACUGGAGGAGCCAUCUACCGCCGCGGACGCCAGAGAUCUAAAUGCGGAGAACGCGCCAGGUGCUGGUGACGAGCCCCCCACGGACACUCAGGCUCAGGAGGAUCAGUUGGCAGGUGUCCCAGUCGACACGCAGGAGAAAGUGGGAGAUGCACAACACGACGGAACUGGCGAAGGCGAAGAAGCCGAUGAAGCCAAGGCCGAUCAAGGCAAUGAUGAAGGAAAUCCCCAAGAACCCGACUCUGGAACCGUGCUUCCCAACGGCAUGGGUUUUGGCAUGGGCACGGGGAUGUUUCCCAACAUGGCUUGGAACAACAACGGGGGGUUCAACCCCAUGGCCCAGUUCAUGAACAACGGGAUGUUCAAUUUUCCAAAUGCUAUGGGCAUGCCUGGCAUGGCGAUGGACCCGAUGGCCGCGAAUCAGGGUAUGUUUGGAGGCUACGGGAUGAACAUGAAUGGCAUGAACAUGGGCAUGAGUUUCGACGCUGGUCAGGGAAUGUACGGGGGAUGGGACGGCUCACAGAACAAUAUGUGGAAUGGAGGCCAAGAUAAAUUCAAUCCAAAUGCUUUCGCAAAUGGUAUGGGCUCGCAGUAUGGGGGCCCCUCUGGAUUUGGCGGAUAUAAUAUGUCUCAACCCAACGGAGUUCAUGCUCAAAUGCAGCAGCCGCAGUUCCCUAGCCAAGACUAUCAGAAUGGCUCUUAUGCCGGCCAUGGCAGAGGCGCUUUCCGGGGCCGUGGUCGUGGCAUGUUCCCCGGUGGUCGCGCGCGUGGUGGCUUUGGUGGGCAGAUGCAAGCCAACUAUCCUGCUAAUGCUAACCCGUCAGAUUUUCCAUCCCAUAAUUCUCUUAGUGAUGGCCAGGACCUGUCGCAGGCUCCGGAUGGUGUAUCUGCUGAGAUGUCGGGAGAGCUCGGGGCUGAUGCGAACAAGGAAAUCACCGACGAGAAUGCCCCAAGCGGCGAGGGGGCGUCUGCUGAAGAUUUUCCUGCGGCAGAAGCUCCUGCCGAGAACAUGACCAUGGGCGAGAAUGGGGAAUCCGACCCGAUCCAUAGAGACAGCGCACAAGAGCAUCUGAAUGAGGAUGAAACCCAGCUUCGUGGUAUCCCGACCAUUGAUAGUCUAGAUCAAGUGAAUGCCGCCCAAAGCAUGUCUGCGGGUCCCAUGGGGAUGCCGGGUUCGAUGGGCCCAGGGUUUGGAAGAGGAGGUUAUAUGCGCGGUCCCUUCCCCGGCGCACGUCCAGGUGGGUUCAACGGUGCGCCAUUGAUGGGCGGCGCCAACAUGUAUCCCGAGCCCCGGGGACAGGGAGUGGAAGGUGCGCCAGCUGCCCCCCGAGCCAUGAGAGAGGGACUCCCCAAUACCAGUGUUCUCCGGCAACGGAAUUUCCAGGGUCCGGGACGAUCGUCGGCGCCCCCAGUGAGACCCAACGACGCUUCACAUAGCUGGAGCCGCAGCCCAAGUCGUAACGGCGAAGCUCCCGAACCGGUCCCCGAGGAAAACGUUCUAGUCUCUCGAACCAAGCCCAGCGACACCAUGGAACUCCCCAGCCGCAGCUACCGUUCCGGCAAGGACCGUUCAAACCGGCGCGAUGACGAACGGGAUCGAGACCGGGACUCUCGCCGUCGCGACCGCGAUCGAGAGCGCGAUCGAGAUCGCGAUCGCUACCGGGAGCGUGAGCGUGAGCGAGACCGAGACCGAGACCGAGACAGGGACCGCGAGCGAGAGCGCGAACGAGAUCGCCAUCGGGAGCGAGAUGGGGGGCGCGACAGGGACCGGAAACGCUCCCGCCGAGACCGCUCCGAGUCCCCCGUCAACAGCGAAUAUUCCUCGCGCCAUUCCCGCCGGGCCAAGCGUGACCGUGAUGACCAGAAGCCACCAGCCGCAGAACCUGAAAAAGACCCUCACACUUUGGAGCGGGAAGCACGGAACCGCGAGCGCAUGCUGAAGGAGCAACAGCGCCGGGAAGCCAUGCACGCAGAUCGCGAUGGUGGCAAGUCUUCCCGAAGACGAGACGGCCGUGCAUUGACAGGUGGUCGCCGUCUCAGUUACAAGUACGAGGAUGAUGAGAACGAUGACGCUCGAGCUGCUCGAGUCGAGAAGGAGCGUGAGGCUGGUCGAUGGAAGUAA